CUUAUUUAAUGCAGUUAAAGUUAUUAAUUUGUAGUACUUACCUACAAACAUGGUCAACCCUAGUAAAAUGUUAGGGAUUUUUAUUGUGUUUUAUUAUUUUAUACGAGUAGAUAACGUACAUACUGAUUAUUCAGAGGUUGUUCAAAAUUGCAUUAAUUUAAUGCUUCAUUACGAUAUUUUAUUUGUAGAGAAAAAUGAAUUUUUUUCUGAAAAGAUGAUUACAACGUACUAUCAAUUGGAAGAUACAAAAUUGAUACCUAAACUAAAAGAUUUUGUCAAUUCGGAACUCGACGAACCAUUACUAACAUAUGUAAAGAAUUUUGUUAUAGAAGGAUCACGGGAACCUGCACUCAGUUUUUGUGAAAGGCAAUAAUAAGAAGAAAAAUAAUAGUAUAUUAAUAUAAAAGUAGUAUUAAAAUUAUUUGUAUAAGUAUUGAAAUUAUUUAUUAUAUCCUUUCCCUAUUACAAUCUAACGUGGAUCUAUCUACAGUAAUGUAUAAAUAUAUAUUUACGCCAAAAGUUGUAGUUGAUGUUUUAUCGAAAUCGAAAUUGUUAACUUAAUUUUAUUAUUUUGAAAACUAUUUCCAUCUUAUAGUUAUUAAUAAAAUGUAUAACCUAGUUGAAUGUUUCUCAAAAUGGUAAUAAACAUCCACAUUUUUGGAUGCUGUACCCUAAAAUAGUAAAAAUGUAGACCCAAAGUACAAGCUUCACUUCCACAUUGCUGAUAAUGAUUUGAAAUGCUGGGCAUCAGCGCCUGGUGGUGGUAUUGAUACGUUAAUUAUUUGCUUAAUCUCGUGGAUUUUAGCGAAUUAACGUAUGCAGGGAGGGCUACGAGCAAGCUACCACCUUCCUCCCCUAGGCUAGAGAAGAGCUGAAAGUGACAUUCCAAGGAGUUCAAUUAAAGCACAACUUCACACCGAAAUACUUGGGAAUAACACUGGAUCGUACGCUCACAUUUAAAGAACAUCUUGUCAAAACUGGAAAGAAAGUACGAUCCAGAGUCAAUUUAAUUCAAAAACUCGCCGGUACAGGAUGGGGUGCUAGCGCUAAAACAUUACGGACAGCAGCACUGGCGCUAACAUACAGUGCAGCUGAAUACGGUGCCCAAGUGUGGUGUAAUAGUGCACACGUGAAAAAAGUUGACACACAACUGCAUAGCGUAAUGAGAGUGAUUAGCGGCACGGUUAAGUCCACUCAGUUACAAUGGCUACCAGUUCUAACCAAUAUAGCUCCACCAGACCUACGAAGAAAGCAGAAACUUAUUAAUACUAUCAGAAAAGCCGAAGAUAGGAGGAACUCACUGCUAGCCGAAAGAUUAGAAGAUAUACCAGCACUCAGACUAAAGUCAAGGAAACCGCCUUGGAAGACAGCUAAAGACCUAAUAAGAUCAGGAUUUGAAACCAAAAAGUGCUGGUGCGAUGAAUGGACUAACUCUACUUUACCAAUCAGAAACAAAAAUCUGGUGAUGGACCCCAAUCAAGGAGUUAUGGGUAUGGAACUGCCUAGACAUGAAUGGUCUGUACUAAAUCGUCUUCGAACAGGCCAUGGCCGUUGCUCUGAUAUGAUGUUUAAAUGGCGACUCCAAGACAGCCCAGCAUGCGAUUGCGGAAACGAUAGACAAACCAUAAAUCACAUAAUAAAGGAAUGCCAGAUAAGGAAA